AUGGAGAGAAAUGAUAUUGUCAUAUGUGGGAAUGAUUUGCCUUAUAAUGAGCAGUUCAAGAAGACAUUAGAUGAUCAAUUUAAACUCAAGGACUUGGGAGUUUUAAAGUAUUUUCUAGGACUUGAGGUAGCAAGAACCUCCAAAGGCAUAUCCAUUUGUCAAAGAAAAUAUGCAAUAGAAAUAUUGGCAGAUGUUAAUUAUCUUGGAGCCAAACCAACAAAGAGUCAUUUGCCACACAACCUAAAAUUAAGCAAAGAUGGAGAGGAAGCUAUUGCAGAUGCUAGCAUGUAUCGAAGAUAUGAUUUACAACUUAAAGGAUUCUGCAAUGCAGAUUGGGCCACAUAUUUAGAUACAAGAAGAUUUGUUACUGGUUACUUUAUAUUUUUGGGAAAUUCAUUGGUGUCAUGGAAAUCCAAGAAACAACACACGAUCUCUAGAUCAUCAGCCGAAGCAGAAUAUCAGUCAUUGGCAGCUAUGGAUAAGUGUAGAUAUGAUGAUCCAGUUAUUGAAACGAAACGUGCCUACAACUAA